UUCCAUUCCAGAGAAGCCCUAGGGUGUUGCUUAAAACCAGUUUGCUUCAAACUAUCUCAAAAUUCUCUCUCGGCACUAAAUUUUCAAAAUCUUAGUAAAAACAUCCCGGACCCUCCGGCGGUGUACACCCGCGCCUGCGCAGAAGCGCUGAAACACCAGCCUCCAGCUCCGGAGAAACUUCUUGACACGCCCCCAAGCCCACCUCUUUAAAUUUUAAAACGAAGGCGCGGACCAAUGAAUGUUCACUUUUCCCCCCGGAACCCAGCGUCCCGCCCACAGUAACGCUCUCCACCAAUCAAGCAAGGAUUUCCUCCGCCGCCCUACUAAUCAGCGUCAAAAAUGAAAGCGCCACGUUAUUUUCGUAGGAUAAGUAGCCAAUGAGAGCUGACAUUGGGAACUAGCUCCGCCAAUAGCACCAACUCUCGGAGAGCGCGGGAGACUUUUGACCAGGGAAGAAGUCAAUGGCGUUGUUUCCCUGAGGCUAGGGUCUCAGGAACUGGGGCGCGCGCCGCAGCUGCAGCCCCUAGGGGCGGCGCGGCCGACAUGGCCUGCUGUCACAAAGUGAUGCUGCUUCUCGACACGGCGGGUGGUGCCGUUCUCCAGAGCUCGGCCCGGCGGGCCGCCCUGCGCCUCCUCACCUACCUGGGCUGCCGGUUCGGCCUGGCUAGGGUCCACUGGGCCUUCAAGUUCUUUGACUCCCAGGGCGCGCGGGGCCGGCCCUCCCGCACGUCCGACUUCCGCGAGCUGGGGACGCUCUCCUGGGACUACUUCGAGGAGGAGCUGGAGGCCCGGCUUGGGGGUCUCGCGCCCGGAGCCCAUCUGCCCGGGCCGGCCGCCCGGGCCAGCCACAUGCACAGCGCCCUGAUGGAGACGUUGCUAGACUACCAGUGGGACCGGCCCGAGAUCACGUCGCCCACGAAGCCGAUCCUGAGGAGCAGCGGCCGGAGACUCCUGGAUGCCGAGAGCGAGGCCAAGGAGGCCGAGUCCGCGCUCGGGGGCCUGGUGAACGCCGUCUUCCUCCUAGCGCCCUGUCCGCACUCGCAGAGGGAGCUGGUGCAGUUCGUGUCGGGGUGCGAGGCCCAGGCCCAGCGCCUGCCGCCCACCCCCAAGCAGGUGAUGGAGAAGUUGCUGCCCAGGAGAGUCCAGGAGGUCAUGGUCGCCCGAAAAAUCACCUUCUUCUGGGUGGACACCACCGAGUGGUCCAAGCUGUGGGAAUCCCCAGACCAUGUUGGGUACUGGACAAUUUGUGAACUGCUCCACGAAGGAGGAGGCACUGUCUUGCCACCUGAAACUUUUAACUGGGGUGUUAGUAAAGCUGGGAAGAUGAUACUUGGCGGUGAAGGAAAGAUGUCAAGUGACUCUCACCUCUCUCCGUGGAUUUCAACUUUGCCAACUGAUGCCACUUUAAACUGUUUGCUCUAUAAUUCCGCUGUGUAUGAAUCCUCAUUUCCACGGGUGGAGGGAACAUUAUUUCUCCCUGUUAAAGGCAAAGAGAUUCAAGAAACAUGGGCAAUCACCCUAGAGCCCUUGGCCAUGCAUCAGAGACACUUUCAGAACCCAGUCAGAAUUUUUCUAAAAGGCUCAAUGGUCCAGUGGUCUCUCCCGAUGAGUGACACUUUGGGCACCAAUAGCUGGAUGCUACAAAGUCCAGAGGAGAACAGAUUAACUCAAGGGCAAUUAUUUCAGCAGCUGGCUAGCAGUCUGACUGCUGAAGAGUUGCAUCUGGUUGCCAGUGUGGACCUGGGUGAAGGGUGGGCCCCUGUCACUGGAGUCCUUUCCCCGCUCUCUGCCAGUGCUAUGAUUCUCACUGUGCUCCACGCCAAGGAGGCUGAAUUCCAAGGACAUUUUCUCCAUACAGUUGUGGCUGGAAGCCCCCAGGAUACAGCGUGCCUUUUCUCAGAUGUUACGGAUGGUGUGCUGAAUCAGAUUCAUCAUUUAUUUGAAGAUGCUGCUGCUUCUGCUCCCCCUGUUCCAGAGUGGGCUCAGCAGGAGCUCGACCGCACAACUCCCUGGAGCCCAGCUGUCCUGGAGAAGUGGUUUCCUUUCUCUAACAUCAGUGGCGCCAGUUCAAAUUUGAUGGAGUCAUUUUGGUCACUACAGGAUGCCUCAGCUAAUAAGGAACAGUCUUCCAAAACUGAGAGUGAAUUAACACAUUGCCUGUCUGAGUUCUACCAGAGAAAAUCUCGGGAAGAAUCUACUGUAGCUAACCAAGAAGACAGCAAAAAGAAACGAGGCAUCCCUCGCACUCCAGUGAGGCAGAAGAUGAAUACCAUGUGCCGUUCCCUAAAGAUGUUGAAUGUUGCAAGGCUGAAUGUAAAGGCUCAGAAGUUACACCCAGAUGGCAGCCCUGAUGUGGCUGGGGAGAAAGUGAUCCAAAAGACAGUCAGUGGAAGAACAACAGAUAAACUGGAAGACAGAGGAAGAUCAUUAAGAAGCUCUAAACCAAAAGAUUUUAAAACUGAGGAGGAGCUACUGUCCUACAUACAUGAAAAUUACCAAAAGGCUGUGGCCACAGGGGAAGUCACUUUAUAUUCAUGUGCUCAGAACAUGAUCUCAACUAUUAAAGUGUUCCUAAAAUUGAAAGGCGCCAAGGAAGUAGAAGUGAACUGCCUGAAUCACAUAAAAAGUAACCUCUUAAAAGCUAGCAAAAAUCUUCGACAGAAUCUAGGAAAAAAACUGGAUAAGGAAGACAAAGUCAGAGAUUGCCAGCUUCAGGUGUUUCUUCGUCUGGAGAUGUGUCUACAGUGCCCUUCCAUACUAGAAAACCCAGAGGAGAUGGAGCAAGUAGUGGAAGAGGUGACAGCUUUGCUUCGCAUAGUGUGUCUAACUGAGGAUUCAGCAUACCUAGCAAAUUUUCUGGAAGAGAUUUUGAAAUUGUACAUUGACUCCAUCCCAGAGACACUUGGGAAGCUUUACAACAGCCUUGGGUUUGAGAUUCCUCAGAAGCUGGCUGGCAUCCUUCCCACAGACUUUUUUAGUGAUGACUCCAUGACUCAAGAGAGUAAAUCCCCACUUCUUUCCGUGCCUCUUCCAUCAAGUGCUCACAGAUCAGUUUCAGGCAGCACUGAAGCUGACCAGCUGGAGGAGCUCCGGACCAGAUCAGCCAAGAAGAGGAGGAAAAAUGCACUAAUAAGACAUAAAAGCCUUGCAGAAGUUUCACAGAAUCUUCGACAAAUUGAAAUUCCCAAAGUAUCCAAGAGAGCUACAAAAAAUGAGAGCUCUCACCCUGCCCCUCAGCAGCCUGCAGUCCCAGCGAAAGGCACAGCACAAGAAGUGACCAAAGUUCGAAGAAAUCUCUUCAACCAGGAAAUGAUUUCUCCUUCAAAGAGAUCACUAAAGCGGGGCCUGCCUAGAAGUCAUUCUGUGUCUGCCUUGGAAGGUCUGGACCAUAAACGUGACAACUUCAAGAAGGCCAAAAGUACUACAUGUCAGGGUUAUCACAAGCUGCUGACUAAGAGUGUGGCUGAGACUCCAGUCCAUAAGCAAAUCUCGAGGAGGCUCCUUCACAGACAAAUCAAGGGCAGGUCCUCUGAUCCUGGUCCUGACAUCGAUGUUGUUGAUGAGUCCCCUGAAAAAGGAGAUGAAAUAAGUUUGAGGCGAAGUCCUCGAAUCAAGCAAUUACCAUUUAGCCGAAGAAAUUCUGGUUCCUUCUAUUCUGUGUCUCAGCCAGCGUUGAGAAGUAUGCAAAGAGUCCGUUCAUUCCAGCAAAACAAGUCAGACCAAAGAGAAAAUUCUCCGAUCCAAAGUAUUCAGUCUCCCAAGAGGCUUCUUUUUGGGGCAGUGUCUGAGAUGGUCAGCCCCUCAGGGAAGGGUUCGGCCCGAAUUAAAAGACUGUCAAGAAGCAAGCUGAGUUCUGAGAUCCCUCCAGUUUACCAGACUCCUAAGAAGAGUUACCGAAAAUCUCCAAGCUUUCCUAAGACAACGCCAAGAAGGUUCCCACUGCAGACUGCACCAUGCACUCUGGAGAGGCCACUGUGCCCCACUACAGAAGUGACUCCCACAGAGUCUGCCAUGGCUGAGAAGGCCCCACAGAACCCCUCCUCAUCCAGCCACUGCUCACAGUUGGCGUCAAGAGCUACACUUCAGGAAGGACCGUCCCGGGCAGAAGGGGGCUCUCCUCUUGACAUAGAUACCCCAAGAACACCCACCAGGCCAGGUGCUCAGCCACCCGGGUUCUUGCUGAACCAUGCAUGGCCACGUCUGAUGAAUUCCAGUCCAGAAAGCCCCAGCUGUCCGACAUCCCCGAUUCCCUCCAUUCCCCAGCCCCAGAGUGAGUGUGUGACCUCCACGAAGCACUGCCUCAGGACACCCCCGAAGGCAGCAGCCCUCCUGGGCCCACCUCAGGGUCAAAAGUGCCAGCAGCCCCUUCUCCCCAGACUUUCUCAGGCAGAGGUACCAGCACAGACACUAAAGGAUAAAGCUGUCCGGACCUCCAAGAGACCCAGGAACACAACUGUGACUUCUUCCCCACCUGGUGCUCCAGAGAAGUGGGAUGUUCCCAAGAGCCCACUUAGGAGCCCAUCCACAGCACCCCCUGGCCCUGGAGGACUGGAUCAGAAAGAGCACCAGGCGUCACCCAGCAGGGCCACAUCUCCCUCCUGUGCUGGUCCCUCAACUCCCCCCACAGUCCCACAGAGAGUCGCGUCUGUCACUGUCCCCCCUCCACCACCGUCAAAACUUGAGAGACAGUAUAGAAAGACCUCAAACCCUGAACAAGGCUCUCUGGAAUGCCAACCUGGGCCGCCCUCUGUUGUGCUUGGAGUUGCUACUGCUACCAGCCCAGCUGCCACCACAGGUUCUAAAAAGGACCGAAAGGAAGGGAGCCUCUCUCCACAGUCCUCUCCUGAAAGACAGAGGCACCUGGGUGCUGGUGUCAGCAGUGACUGUCAUGGAUCCUCCCCUCUGCUCGUUGCAAGUGACACAGACUACCUAACUCUUCUUGAAGCCAAACACUGGGGUGAUGGGAGCCAUGCAGUGAGAGGUGGCAUCUCACCAGGGGAUGAAGACACAGGGCUAAGGACAGCAGAUCAUGCCUGGGAGCCACCCUCCAUACUUGAUGCCAGAACUUCGCCCCCUGCUUCUUGCUCUGGGCCUGGCUCUCCCAUGACAGUGUCCUACACCCUGUGCUGUCCUCCAGAUGGAUGGCAGCACCAGGCUGUGACACAGCUGGAGAGCCCGAGAGCUCUGGUGAGGCCUCCGCAGGUCCCCAGCAGUCCGCACACCUAUGAGGUGGAGCUGGAGAUGCAGGCCUCUGGCCUGCCCAAGCUUCGGAUUAAGAAGGUAGACUCCAGUGCACUGGCUGAAGCUGAGGGUCUGGGUGAGGAGGGCUCCCUCCCUGGACUCAGCAUGCCCAGGAUCAGCAGAGCCACCAGCAAGCCCGAGGCUACUUACAUGUCACCUCCUUGCCUCCGCCCCUCGCAUAGCACCCCUGGCAAGGGGCAGACCUACAUCUGCCAGUCCUGCACCCCAACCCACUGUCCAUCCAGUACCCCCUCUCCAUUUCAGACAGAUGUUGGGAUUCCCUGGACACCAUCCCCUAAGCACAGUGGGAAGACCACUCCCGACACCAUUAAAGACUGGCCCCGGAGGAAGAGGGCAGUGGACUGUAGCAAUGGGCUCUCCUCGGGGAGAAGCGAGGCGGGCACAGACCCUGAGCCCCAGGCCAAGGAGCAAGGCCUUGAACUCAGCCUCCACAAGACUGCCAUCUUGGAGGACUUUGAGCUUGAGGGGGUGUGUCAGCUCCCAGACCAGUCGCCUCCUGGGGACAGUGUCCCCAAGGCCGAGGAAGCCUUCUCAUGGGGACAGUUUGGGUUGGGUUCCAGAAAGAGACAUUUGUUUGCCAAGGAAGAAGGUGAGUGUGGAGCCAAAAGAGUGUAUGAAGCCCCAAGGGAAGACGCAAACAUGAGGAACCAGGAAAAGGGGUGUCCAAGGUGGACCAUGCCACAGCUGCCCUCCACAGGGGAUGACGAAGUGUUCGCUUCUGGCUGCACCCCGCCUCAUGGCUGUGCUGUAUGGAGCUGCCUCUCAGCCAGUGGGCUGCAGGCUCUCACCCAGUCUCCACUACUGCUCCCCAGGAAGGCAGCGUCCUCGCAGUGCUUGGACCCCACAGAUGAGAAUGUGGAUGUCUUUCCCACCACUGCAGAAGCAUCCCCUCUCAGCCAAGCCUUCUCCCGGAGGCGCCCCUUCAGCAGGACUUACACCCGGAAGAAGCUCAUUAGCUAAUUAGGCCAGCGCCUGCAGGAGGACUGACAGCAACCAGCACUGCUAGGCCUGGGCAGAGGUGCCUGCCAUGAGGGUGGCAGCUGUUCCCCACUGGUACCACCUAGGCUUCCCAGCAGGGGGCUCAGGACAGAGGAAACUGCUGCUAAAGGGGCCCAGGACCCUCCAGAAAGAGAAGCUGAAAUCAGCCAGGUCCCCAUAGACUUAAAGGAAUUAAGAGACCUGAUCCCAAGCCUUUUUUUACCGUGGUCAGCUUGCAGAUUCCCGAGUCUUCUGGUUCCUCUCAGGGACUCCCCCACUGCCCAGCUGCACCUUGUUUGGUAACCCACCCCAGGCCCUGCCCUGCCUGGCUGGGGAGGUCAGGUGGGUAUCAGUGUAGCUGCUGAGACUCAGGUGGCCCAGGAGUCGGGAAACUGGGCAAGGAUCUCUACUAAGACGGGGUCCCGUUCCAGCAACACCCAAACACAAGUCAGGAGGCCACUGCCUCACUUGUGAAAAUGGAGACAGGAGCCCCUCACGGGGUCCCUUGAGAAGCUGCUGUAAGGCUAGGAUGCUUCGACACAAGGAGUAAUUUGUAACUGUGAAGCCUGUGCACAAAACUGCUGUGGCAGGCAAUGGAAUAAAUGUUUGCAUUCCCUGUU